AUGUCACCACCACUGUCUAUCGGGCUUGCCCUCGUGGCCGGUCUCGGGUUGACUACGGCGCAGCCCACGAUUGCCAAACGCGAUGCGUCGAGUUACCAGCAAAAUGCUGUCUGUGCUGCGGACCAACUGAUGCGGUACUACCAGACCGACAACACGGGCCUCUGGGGCAAAGACUUGUGGUGGCAGUCAGGCAACUUCCUGUCAUCACUGGCCACUCUGACCUCGCUAGACUCGGACUACCUGGCGCAACACGGCGAUGUGUUUGUGAACACCUUCCAAACAGCGACGGGAUAUGGACCAUCUCCGCACUUUAUAAACGGGUUCUACGACGACGAAGGCUGGUGGGGGAAUGCAUUUCUCGACGUGUACGACGUUACGGGCAAUCAGACCUACUUGCAGGCGGCCAUAAUCAUCUACCAGGACAUUGUCGGCGGGUUGGGCACGCCGUGUGGCGGGAUCUGGUGGGAUAAGGCGCAGAGUUAUGUGGCUGCCAUUUCGAAUGGACUGUACAUCGAGCUGGCAGCCGGGCUAGCAGCACGCACGGGGCCGGAUCAAUCGCCCGGCUAUCUCAGUCGCGCCGAGGAAGGCUGGAACUGGUUCUUCGACGUGGGCAUCGUGGACGGCAACUACCUAGUGUACGACGGAGUGAACAAGACCGACAGCUGCAAGCCAGUCGGCCUCCAGUUCACGUACAACCAGGGGGUGAUUCUGGGCGCCGCGGCCGAGCUGUACAAGGCGACAGGCAAUGAAACGUACUUGGAACAGGGAGCGCUGCUGGCCAACGCAUCGACCGCGGCCGGCUCGCCCGUCACGACGGAUCAGGGCAUCCUACACGACUACUGCGACCUGUCGGGCGACUGUGACGGGACGAUAGCGAUGUUCAAGGGAGCGUAUAUGCGUGGUCUGCGCAAGCUGCAGCUGGCCUCCCCGCACGACAACUGGAAGGACUUUAUCACCACCAACGCCCAGAGUAUUUGGAACAACGAUUUGGAUAUCGAAGAUAACAGCGGUACCUCCGAGUGCAACCUCGGCACCGACUGGACUGGGCCGUAUACCACAGCUAAUGUGGUCACCCAGGGUGCCGCCCUGGACGCGUUGAUCGCCGCGCUCGCGGUGACCCAGUAG